GGGCAUUGCUGACCCUCUUUUGUUGAUUAUAUAUAUAUGUGUGUGUGUCUUAUGCGCCUUCUUCUACACUCAUUGAACUUCAGCGCAACCGCAAGUAGAAGCAGUAGGGCAGAAGUAGAAGAAGAUAGAUAAAUAAUGUCGAAGCUACAUUUCAAAGGCGGUCCGUGGACCAACGCCGAGGACCAGGUGCUGAAGGCUGCGCUGGCGCAGUACGGCCUGCGUGACUGGGAGCGUGUCGCGUCGAUGCUGACCAAGAAGACCUCCACCCAAUGCCGCGAGCGCUGGGAGAACUACCUCGAUCCCCGUCUGAACAUCCGCGAGGCGUGGAGCCUCGAGGAGGAAGAAAAGCUGGUCGAGCUGCAGUCCCUCUUCCCCAGUAAGUUUCGCCUCAUUUCCGAGCAGCUGACGCGGCGCACGUCCACCCACUAUAUUCGCCCUGCCUGGCUGUGUGAACAGCGCUAUCUUGAGCUCAAAGAUGAGCAGGAGCACUACGUAAAGCAGCAGCAGCAAAAAGGCACGGGAGAAAGCGACGAGGCGGCGCGGCAGAGUCUUGAGGCUUUUAUGGCAGAGCGCCGCCGUCGCCGCAACGCCCGCAAGACGCACGAGGAGCGCGCCGCACGCGCUGACACGGUGAGCGGGGAGCGCUUUCAGCAGGAGAUGGUGGACAUGGCCACGAGCCGGCUGGCAAAUCAGGAUCAGAAGAAAGGGCUGCGGAAGGAGCGGCAGCGGCAGUUGGAGGAGGCGGCGUUUUUGGCCAAGCUGGAGAGCAAUCGCGAGGGGAUCGAAUCCGGCACGCUGUCGCUGCGGCAGUCAAAGAAGAUGCGAAAGGCCUUGGAGGAGGAUCGGCAGUCGACGGGGCUUGUGGACACGGUGGCCGAGGACGGUGAAGGAGAAGGAGGAAACGGUGGGGACGCGGAUGACGAAAGCGACGGCGUUGGACGUGCCGCGUCUGGCGACGACAGCGACAAGAGCGACUUCGAGGCGAUGGACAUGUAUCAGGAUCAGCAGCAGGCCGGCCUGGUCAAGAAGCAGCGUGUGCUGAUGAAAGACUUGGCCGGGCAACAGCGCGUGAUCCAGCAGCGGCAGAUCCUCGGCGGAGGUGAAGACGCUCAGGAAGGAGGAGAAGGCAGCAGUGAGAGUCGUGCUCGGGCAGCACUGACUGGGGUCAAUCACGACCUGCUUGCGCAGCUCACGGCAGGACCGUCGCGGAAGGCUGUCAACACCGCCACGACAAGCGCCGCAGCGCUCCUCCCCGAUCUCCCCUCAUCGUCGCACAUUCGCAAGGCAGAGGCCGACGGAGAACUCAAGAACAGCCUCGCAGACCUCUUCGCCUCACUUCCGCAGGCGACGGCCACCGCUUCCGGCAUCGGAAGCACAGGCUCUGGCAUGUUACCACCACCGCCUCCUCUCAAACGCCAGCGCGAUCCCUUGUCAUCUGGAACUGGAGAUGCAGCGGAUGACGAUGCAUCCAGUGGUGAUGCUCCGCGUGUGUUGUCCCGUAACGCCCCGAGUAGCAGCGUCUCUGAGAGCAUCCUUGACUCAUUAAACCUUCCCGCUCCUCGUAAGUACGUCAAGACCGAAGAGGACAGGCGGGCGGCUCCGCCCACGUCCUCUCCUGCGCCUGCUGUGGACGCGCCGUCGCCCGUUUGCGACGACGUCGACAGCAGCAGCCAUCCCCUCCGCACGUUUCGCACCGCAGAGGAAGAAAGCGCCUACGUGACGGUCGCUCGCCAGUGGGUUGCCGUGGAGUGCGAAAGAGCUGCGACAACCACCAAGUACACCAGAAGAGUUGGUGAUGCGGGUGGUGCUGCGUUGGCCCGCUCGACGUCUGCGGCGGAAAGAGACGCCGCCGAGAAGCUGGUAGCGCGCGAAAUCGCAGGCGGCGGGCCGAUCGCAGCGGAAGACGAGGGGGGAGCUGUACAGGCUGUGAAGGCCUACGUGAACGAUCACCCGCGCUACACCGCUCGCGUGAAUGUGCAGAACGCGCUGCACCAGCUCAGCACCCGUGUCGCCGCGCAGGUGCAGGAGGCGAACGCGGUGCUGCAGCCGUUGCGGCAAGAGUGGGAGCAGGUUCUCUCCGCUGCCAUGUUGGACCCGCGUCAGCUCCACGUGCUGCAGGGCUAUGUGCGCGACGACGGGCGUCUCAAGCAGCCAGCAGCUUUUGUUGAAGACAACGAGACGGGCGAUGCGCACCCCACCUUGUCGGUCGCCGCCUACGUGUACGAGCACUUGGUGAACGAACUCACACGUGCACGUCAGGCCACGCGUUUUCUUUCGUCCCUGCGGGACCGUGAGCAGCUGAAGAUGCGUCGUGACCUCGACGCCGCCGAAGAUGAGCUGCGGCAGCUGCAGGCACGAGAAAAGAUACUGCAGGACAUGUAUCGCCAGAAACGUGCACAACAGUAA